UGAUUCUCAUCAUUUGGAGCUUAGCUGUUCACAUUCCCAAAUCACCGCUCCACCCUGUCUUCAGAGUCAGAGAGCAACAACAGCAAAAAACUGCACUGAGACUCCAGCUAUCAUGUAACAUGACCUCUAUCAAAGCCAACAGAGCCAGGAGGAACGGCUCAUUUUCAGCUGCAGCUUGUUGUGGUGCCUUUCUCUGACCACAGCCCUCUGAACUCUCUCUGUUUUUCCCAGCCACACUCGCUGGUCGGGAGAAACAGCUUAUACUGGAUUCUGGUCGACACUCGGCAGCAGAAGCAGCAGCUCUAAAAGACUUUGCGACAUCAUCUGCCCUGACACUGCAAUGACCUCACUCAGGCUGUUGCCCCUGCUGAACUCCCUCCUCAUCCUCCAAGUCCAUCUUUCCAACCAGUUAGAAGACAACAAGAUCCCUCCCAGUCUGUGCACUGGUCACCCUGGCAUCCCAGGCUCUCCUGGAGUACAUGGCAGUCCUGGUCAGCCGGGGAGAGACGGGAGGGACGGGAGAGAUGCUGCACCGGGGGAGAAGGGAGAGAAAGGGGACAGGGGAGAUCAAGGUGAGACAGGAGCACGAGGCCUGACUGGGGACAGAGGCGACCCGGGAGUAAAGGGGGAGAGGGGGCAGGACGGUGAGUGUGCAGUGGCGCCCAAAUCAGCCUUCAGCGCCAAAUUAUCAGAAGGCCGCACUUUGCCCCUCACUGCAGGCGAAGCAGUCCGCUUUGACAAGAUCAUUCUCAACGAACAAGGUGACUUCAGCACAGAGACAGGACGCUUCACCUGCAAAGUUCCUGGAGUUUACUACUUCUCCGUCCACGCAACAGUCUACCGCGCCAGCCUCCAGUUCGACCUGAUGAAGAACUCACACGCGGUGGCAUCUUAUUUCCAGUUCUAUGGCAACUGGCCCAAACCAGUGUCUCUGUCAGGCGGCUCCCUGCUCCACCUCAUCCCUGGUGACCAGGUGUGGGUCCAGAUGGCUCUGUCUGAGUACAAUGGCUUUUACUCCAGUACAAAGACAGACAGCACAUUCACCGGCUUCCUGGUGUAUUCCGACUGGAAAAACUCUGCUGUGUUUGCAUGACAUGUGCUCAUGAACGAAACAAAAAAAGUCAUACCCCACUUUGGGAAAUGAACCACAACCUCUUUUCCCUAUUUUUCUUAAUAUGAGAAGUUCUGGAGAGACACAAGUGAAUAAGAUGUGACACGGUACAUCUGUAUUUGUGUAAUUAGUUUAAAAACACACCAGACAAUGUUACAUGAAUAGCACAUACUGUGCUGGUGAAGUGUGAGGUACCGCAGUAAUGCUUAUUCACUGUUGCAGCCUUUUUUUCAAACUGCUAUGUCACUUAAUUCUUGUAACAGAUGUUGUGACAGCAGCUUCCAGCCAACUCCAGAUCACACAUUCAAACAGCUUCUACGCUAUUAUAGCACUUUUAUGUCACAUCGAUGCACAGUGGACGUGGAAAAAUGAAUAAAUCAUCACAGUUUUCAAAACA